UACAAAAUGCAGUCACACAUCAGUGAAAGGAGAAUAAAUAAAUAAACAAAAACAAAAAAUCAAAUCAAAAAUUAAAAUCAGAAAUGGCAAAAGCUAUCAUUCUCCUCUCUACCCUUUGCGUUUUGGCUGUCGCCAAUUUCGCCGUUGCCGACGUUGAAACGUUCAACGUCGAAGGCAAAGUCUUUUGUGAUACCUGCCGUCUUGGUUUCGUCACCUCCCUCAGCAAUACCCUUGAAGGUGCCACGGUGCGUAUGACAUGCAAGGACAUGGAGACACACAACGAGACAUUUACAACUGAAGGCAAAACGGAUAGUAUUGGCAAAUAUACAUUGAAAGUUGAAGGUGACCAUGAGAAUGAUAUUUGUGAGGUUACAUUGGUGAACAGUCCAAAAGAUGAUUGCAAAGAAGUUGUUCCAGAUAUGGUUAAUAACAGAGUUAUUUGCAGUAAAAAUGUAGGGAUGCACAAUGCUGUUCGUUUUGUGAACCCAUUGUUCUACCAAAAGGACAAACCAAUCGAUGGUUGCGCAAAACUUGUUGAGGAGAUGGAGCUUGUUGAUCUCUUGAUUCUUGAAAAUGACAAAGAAGAGAAUUAAGAGAGAACAUAUAUAUAGAGAGAGAGCGCUUUUGCAUCAUUCAUCAUUUAUAUAUUAAGAAGAAUAUUAAAUCUGUUAUAAUUUCUCCUUUGAUGUGUAACUCAACAUGGAAAAAUUAAAAAAUUCCAUGAAUUUUCUAAUGAGAAGAUCAAUAAUAGCUUCUUAGAAA